CUAUAUAUGUUUACAAUUUGAAAUAAACGGGGUUUCCCAAACUGGGGCCUGAAAAGAAAUCUUCUAAUCUUACCAUCUCUGUUGUUAUGAUACGUUGGUUCUAUUAUUGAAUUACGAAACAGAAACCUUUAAUCAGGUGGUCCUUACAGUUUGUGUUUAUACAACUGAAAUUUGGAUAAAACAUACGGAGACACAACAAAAUAUGCUUCACAAGAUAUACAGCUUCCUUUUCUUUGGCGGUUUAGUAUGUAUGACUGGUGCAAAUAGAGUUGUGUUUAAUGAAAAUGGGGAUUGCAUUAUUGAAGGAUUUUCAGUUAUGUGUGGAAGAACCCUACCGCGAGUGCUACCAGAGAAUAUCACAAGAGUUACAGUAACAGAACUGUUACAGAACAGCAUCGAUAAUGAUACGUUCGAACAUAACAGCUGGAGGUUGGUAAAUUAUCUGGAUGUUACUUUCAAUAAACAUGUAAACUUUCGACUCAAAGAGUAUAACUUCUACGCUCUCAAGAACCUAAAAUCACUCGGACUACAUUCCUCUAAAUUGACGUUUAGUGAUAAUAAAAACAUUUUUCAAGGACUUCUGGAAUUGCAGACUCUGAAUCUAUCAUCAUGUUUUUAUCUCAAGACUGCAGAACUCGUGUUGAAUUUGCAAACACAAAAAAGCUUACACUCGUUAAUCCUUGAUCAAGUCUCACUGUUUUAUACGGGGCAAGUUGUUAUUGAUAAUGGAUUUAUAGAAAUGAUUAGUAGAUUGAAAAUAAGAAAAUUAAGCUUAAGUGGUUGUAACUUAUUAGUUAAGGGUCCUUUCUACACAGAAGGGCUUUCAUUCUCUUUGAAUGUUGCCGAUUUUUCAAACAUAACACUUAGAGAAAGGAUUGAUAAUUUUGAGCGGAGACAAAUUAUUACUGUACUUUCCCAACUGAAGAUUUUAAACAUUUCGAAUCUACCUUCUAAAUUUGUUGCCUUUUCUUUUUGGCACCUGACUGGAGGAAGAAAAACUGCUCAUUGUUAUGAAAGAUUCAGUGAUGAUUUUGCUUAUUUGUUUUAUAAAGUAGAACGUCUAGAAAUGAAUAGUAUAAUUUCUAGAACUGUGAAAAUAAACAAUACGUACAUGGAUCUAUCACAUUGCAGUUAUAUUAAUCUUAAAUCGCUGAAGUUAAGAUCAAAUAAUUUACAGUAUUUAAAUGCUACGAUACAGUCGCCAGAGAAAGUAGUGAAUUUGUAUGAAGUUGACCUGUCUCUAAAUGACCUAGAAUACUUAUCUCCCUUUUUAUUAGGAUCGAUCUUAUCGUUAGAAAAACUUCAUCUUGCUCACAAUAAGUUGUAUCGGAUGGCCUCCCUUGCAGAAUUCAAAUAUCUGUUCAGUGCUAUCAAGAACUUAUGGUAUCUUGACUUAUCAAAUAACCAUUUUAGCUGGCUUCCUAGAACAACAUUUUCUAAUACCUUGAACUUAACUUUUCUAGAUUUAUCGUACAAUCAAUUGUCUUCUAUCAGUUUUGAAAUAAUGCAUCUUAUUAAAUUGCGGUUUCUCAACAUGGAAUACAAUAUGGUCCGCUAUAUUGAUGGCACUGAUUUCAGAAAUCUGAAAUUUUUAUUGCAAAACAAGCCAAUACCUACAAACAUAAGUUUUGCUCACAAUCAAAUUGUUUGUAGUUGUGAUUCGGUACGUUUUAUUACAUGGUUAAACGCUUAUGUUAAAACAAGUGAAAUGCAAAGUUAUGUAUGUUCCUUAGAGGGCAAAACAAUUCAACUCGAUAGCCACGCUGUUGAAGAAUCAGAGUUUUUAUGUAUACGGUCAAAAAUAGUGAUAGUUUCAGUGUCACUAAGCAUAUCAGCUUUCUGCAUCAUAUCAUUAGUGGCAGCAGUUGUUAUAUACAGAAAGCGACAACAAAGAAGAGCACAAAAGAAUGCCAAUUUUCUGGAGGAUUUUGAAAAUGGAUUGUUACAACAGAAGUUUUUAUGCUUUUUGUCAUAUUCCAGUGAGGACGAAGGAAACGAUAUACAUGAAAUAUAUGAAAAGCUUGAAGAAGCAUUACUGAGAACCACUGGGUUAAAGCAAGAAGUUGUCUGUUUUGGUGAUAAAGACUUUCAUCUAGGAUUUCCAAUUGCGGAUGAAAUAGUACGGUGUAUAUCAGAGAGUUGCGUCGUUGUGUGCAUAGUUUCAAACAAUUUCUGUGAAAGCCAUCGGUGCCAAAUGGAACUUCGAGAAGCUUAUGAGCUUAACAAACCAAUUAUACUCAUUUUCAAAGAGGAAGUUGACUUAACACGGAUGCAACCUUUGAUGUCUAAGAUAUUUCGACGUUAUACCCGAGCAAAACUCAUCACGAAAGAAGACGGUCGAAAGGAAAUUGUGCCAGGUUACGAACAAAUUUCUUGUUCCAUUCUAAAACUCGCUGUUUCACAUACCGAAACUGAAGUUAUUUAGCAGAAAAUGACACGAAUUGAGAUAGGAAUUCAGUACACCAAAUGGACCUGAAAUAUCAUCUCCUGUAAAGAUAACAUAAACAUAACUUCUCGCCCCACCCUCGCACCGGCUUAACUGGAAUUCUAUGAUAGCAAAUGCAAUUGAACGUAUGAUAUAUAAUUAUGUUGUGAUUUUUUUCUAAAUAAUAUUUCUCUGUAAUUGAACAUUUUUCACAAUUGUAUAUAAUAUUGUAAAUUCAUAAACCAACAACAUUUUGUCAAAACAUGUUUCGCUUCAAUAAACUUCUUCAGAUGAAAAUUUAUGAGCCGCGCCAUGAGAAAACCAACAAAGUGGCUUUGUGGCCAGCAUGGAUCCAGACCAGCCUGCGCAUCCGCACAGUCUGGUCAGGAUCCAUGUUGUUGACUUUAAAAGUCUAUUGCAAUGACAGAAACCAUUUACGAACAGCAUGGAUCCUGACCAGACUGCUUGGAUGCGCAGGCUGGUCUUGAUCCAUGCUGGUCGCAAAGCCACAUGUUGGUUUUCUCAUGGCGCGGCUCAUAUCUAACUUAUGUAUAUAAUGUAUCUUUUUAUAUUUAUUUUUAGAUGUUUGCACACUUGGAAUAUGCAACGCGUUUUCAGUAGCUUUAAACCUUGUUAUCCAGAAAACAGAAUUAUGCUAGUAUACAUUUAGCAAUGUUCAUCGGAAAUAAUUGAAACUUUUGUAUUUUUGUUCACAUCUUUUGCAAUAUUAUUAUGUUUGCCACUGAUUUUUAAUACUGUUUACGUAUAUACUAUUUUACAAAAAUGUUUUUAGACAUGCUUUACAAUUUAUGUUUCCAAAACAACUUCUUUUCGGCGAUAAAUGACCUUUUUGUGUUGAUUCGUCGUAAAAUCAAACUCACUCACUCACUCACUCGAUUCGUCGCAAAGUCUAACUCACUCACUCACUCACUCACUCACUCACACAUCAUUUAUUAACAGGCAACUUUAAAUAUGGUAUAUACUACUUUAUCCGUUAGUAAUAAUUGUAACUGGAAUGCAUUAGUUUAUAUGAGUGAUGGCAUACUUUACUGAACCAAAUGGCUAACCAGCCAUCUGCUAUUUUGUUAUUUUCUUAAAUUAAGGGGACAGUUAGAUCAAUCUAUCAAAUUGAAUAUGAACGUUUCAAAAUUUCAAUACUAUUAAAUCAGAUCAAAUAUACUUGUAUUCAUUUUUAUACUAAAGCUCGAUUUUAAAGUCACAAAAUUGUACAAUAAAGAAGCGCUUUUAGGAAAUGAGUAAAUGCAAUUUAUAGAAAUAAGCAAGUGUAGAUUUUGAUUUUUUUUCAAUAGAAAAUGUUUAAAGUAUUCUCGCAUAUUAAAUGCGCUCUCAUUUUCUUCCCUCAUAACGUUUUUUGCUGGUUUGUAAAUUCUAAAUGUCUUUAAAUUAGUGUUUUUUUGUCACUUGAAGUCGUAAAAUGAGAGAAUGCAUAUGACAGCAUAAUUUGAUUUCUUUGAAAUUUCGAAAACUUAUCAAUAGCAUAUUGUUAUAUGCGUAGACUAAAUUUCUGGCAAAAGAAUUAAUGGCGAUAUAUUUGUUUUGUUAACUACAUAUACAGUCGGUGUUCAAACUAGAUAUUACUGUAACUUUUGAUAUUAUUUUAGAUAUGAAGGGUACGGCUUUCUAUAAAUCGUUUUACUCAAUAUAGCUUGUUCCCAAAUUUUGAAUAAGAAAAGUUUGUAUUUGUAGAAAAUAGUACAUAGAAAAUAGUACAUAGAGAUACCUGUACAAACAUAGUUAUUUCAUUAAUAUACAUGUAUACACCAUUACUUGUCGUCGCCUUAUACUGCUUCCGUUUCGUACAACGUGUAUUCACUGUUCCGUUUCGUACAACAUGUAUUCACUGUUCCGUUUCGUACAACGUGUAUUCACUGUUCCGUUUCGUACAACGUAAACGUACAACGUGUAUUCAUUGUUCCGUUUCGUACAACGUGUAUUUACUGUUCCGUUUCGUACAACGUGUAUUCACUGUUCCGUUUCGUACAACGUGUAUUCAAGUACACUGUAUAGAAAUAAAGACAAUGAUUGUAGGUUUACAACAUUCACGUAUAGCUGUUUAUCACUAUGUAAACUUCAUUUUGCGAACUUAGCUUAAAGAGAUUUUGUUAAGACAAUAUUCUUAACGUAUAACCCAUGUAAUAGUGUACCACCUUUUGAAGAGUAUUCAAUUUCUACAAUAAACUUACUUUUACUUAAAGUUUUCAGGGGGCGUAGGUUCAAGCCCCGCUGGAACCAAAUUAUUUUUCCUUUUAUUCCUUUUUUUCUAGUAAGUUUUUAUUUUUUGUCAAGAAUUAUCAUUGAUUUAUUGUACAAAAGUGAACAUUUUUCAUUUGAUGAAUGAUUUCUUGCUGUUCAAAGUGAAUUUACCUCUGAAUCAGAAGGGGGUAAAGUUAGACAUCUUUAAAAAUACUGUAACUUUUUAGAUUACAUAUUGGUGAAGAAAUGUAGGUAGGGUUUAUUUCUGCUCCAAGGUUAUUUUUGAAUGAAGUGAGCAAAAUUUAAAAACUUCCCACAGGACUCAACCUUAAUUUUUCAAUGUUCGAGUUAGAAUUCUGCCUCAUUAAAUCCUGUCGCUGACUUCAAAUCACUUGCCCCUCAUCGAUGUGGGUUCGGGCCUCACUCGGGGCGUUGAAUUCUUCAUGUGAGGAAGCCAUCCAGCUGGCUUACGGAAGGUCGGUGGUUCUACCCAGGUGCCCGCUCGUGUUGAAAUAAUGCACGGAGGGGCACCUGGGGUCUUCCUCCACCAUUAAAGCUGGAAAGUCGCCAUAUGACCUAUCAUGUGUCGGUGCGACGUUAAAUCCAACAAAACAAACAAACAUUAAAUCCUUUUACUUGAGGCGCCGUUGAAAAAAAUGAUAUUCACAGUUUUAUUUUGUGUUUUAUAAUUGUUUACCAAAAGUUUGAUGUUUCUUUUAUCAAAAUUAAUGGCAAAAUGAAUUCUCUGCAAACGUUUUGGACAGUGGCCAUCACUUUGAAAUUUGUCUCUACUUGAGCUUGAGGAAACAUCAUGAAUUAUACAAAAUUUGUAAAAAACGGCACGGUAAAAGUUGUUUAAAUUUUGCAUACAAGUCUCUCACUGGAUACAGUAUGCAGCUGUAACAUUGUUUUGAACAUUUGAAAUAUUCACCAUUAGGUGGGUCAUACCUUAAGGACAUUAUUUACUCUAGUAAUAAACCCAGGCAGAAAAUUG